AUGUGUGCCAAAGACACCUCCCCAUCGCCAUCUCCAUCUCCAUCUGCAACAUCAACCGCAAACGCAACGCCUUCCUCCACCAGCCCAGCCUCUGCAUCCCAAACUUCUGAUUGUUCAGUAACCGCACCCCUCCAAACAAAGCAAGGCUUCGACGGCAAAUCAUUUGCAGCCGGUUUCUUCCCUGGCAUAGUAAUCGGCGCCCUCAGCACCCUAGCCCUGAUCUGGAUCAUCAAGAAAAGACGCGAAUCUCAGUCCAAAGAGCGCUACUCCGGCGACUUUGGCCACGUAGCCCGUCAAAUCAGCGAUCCCAUCUACGACCCCCAACAUGCCGCACGAACAGACUUCAUGCGCCGGGGCAGCCACUCCGCCCACUCUUCUCCCAACUCAACAGAUCGAAUCGUCCAGGGCAUGAAGGAAACAAACGCCAACCCGCCCGUCCACGGCUUCACCCCCAGAAUCAAAAGCAUGUGGGACCGCACUCCCAAACUAAACUUUGGCUUCACCGGCGGUCUCCCAUCGAACCCUGCCCCUCCUGUCCGCGCAGGAAACUACACAAAUCCCUACCAGACCCCGCCUCCGAAACCGAAACGCAUUCACUCUGCCAGUCGGCGCACGAGUUCCCUACGUACAAGUACACAGACAUUCAAUACACUACAACCAGAACAACAUCGUCCGAAUGUAGUACGAAGCGGCAGCUCAGAGACUAUCGACGUCUUGAUGCCAGCACCGAGUUUCCUGGCACCCCCACAGGCACCGGGUAUGCGGCGCGAUAAUCGCUAUACGACGGAUUCGGCCAACACAACUUUUACCAAACUCAUGGAGAGGGCGGGGUUUGAUGAGGGUGCUCAGCAGGAGGUCAAGGCGUGGAGGACGCCUCGAGCGUAG